AUGGCACAGUCAAAUGAAGUAAGUGUUAGUGAAGUGUCGAAAUUGCUUGAAAACAGGCCAAUUUUCAAGACGUCUUUGUCGUCAUCGCUUCUCAACUCAGAAAGAUCUUUUUCACUACCCAUUCUGGCACAAGAUUCGUCCAUUUACAAAAAAAAUCAGUUGAGAUGGGGUUCAGUGGCUUCUUCACAAUAUCACAGUCUUCCUCUUCUCUUUUUUGAUGAUUCUGCCUACGAAAACGUUAUCAUUAGCAAUUCUGGCCAAUUUUUAUGCCUUUAUGACAAGAAAUCAUUAUCGUUGAUUGAAAUUCCGUGGGGCUAUGAUGGUGCAGUAACGUCGAUAAAGUCCUCUUUCCAAAGAGUGUUUCGUGAUGUUAACAAAAGUUCCGAUAUUAAAAAGAUUCUAUUUCAUCCAAAGGCAGCAGAUGAUGGUUGUGUUGUCAUUUUAUUUGAAAAUGAUGUUAUUUGUUUAUUUGACCUGAGAAAGAGUGAGAAGCUCUUUUUAAAUAAAACCGCUAACAAACUUGGGAUUGAAACUAGAGUUACAGAUAUUGAGGAUAUGGAAUUCAGUCAAGAUGGCUUAACGCUGUAUAUGCUAUCCGUAACGGAUGGGGGUGAUAUAUAUGCUUUCUACCCGUGUUUGCCUCCAAAACUAUCAUUAAAAAAGUCUGUUUUGGAAGAUUUAUUCAAUAAAUCGAGGAUUUUAUACGACUCUCUGGAUUCUACGGUAAGCAUUGAAGUCAGAAAAAACGUAUUAAAACAAAUUAAAUUUAUUGCUUCUUUACGUGACAGUUCCUCGGACGAAACGAAGAAUAGCUGUCUCGAAAUUUCAAAUGAUUUUCGUCAAGUUAAGGCUCAAGGUCCCUUCACGGUUGCGCCAUAUCCCGAAAAAUUAUAUGAGGCCACAGCAAAAGAGAUUUACACUUUAGACAUAGGUAAUAAUAAUGAACUUUUUGCUAUCACCUUUGAUAAUGGUACGGUUACUUUAUUGUUAAAGGAUUUAGAAUUAUCUAUGUCCUGGAAUGCCGACAAUUAUGUUUAUAAUAAUUCUUUUGUUUUGAUAGAAUCUGUUGAGAUGGGACCUGAAUCUAUCAAACUACUGAAAUCCUCGUCUCUUACAGGACAGAUGUUUAUUUCUCAAAACCAUAGCUCAGUACGUAAGAUCGAUACUACAGCUUGGUCAUUUAAAGUUUCUAAAUGCAUUACUAAUUCUGAUCUAACAUCUUUGAUAGACGUAGAUUUCAAAAGUAAGAUAAGUGACUUGGACAUCAAGGAAAACGUCGAUUGCUAUGGUGUUUGGAGCCUAAGAGGGGAAAGGGGUAUUUUGUUUGUAUCGAACUCAAGUGUCAUUUCUAGAACACUUCCAGAAUCUGAUAGUUCUUUCGUAAUAAAAUUAGAUGAAAUGUCAAGAUCAAAAAAUAUAGAAGAUCCAGUCACUAAGAAAUAUGAGGUGAGUUUUACCCAACCAAUCUCCGAAAUUAUGAACUUGAAUGAUUCCUUUCAAAGAAUCUGUCGUCAUCCAUUCAAGAAAAUCAUUUCGCCAGAGGAAAGGCAAACUGUCUUGUCUAAUGAUUCAAAUGAGACUCAGCUUGCCACAUUGACCGAAAUCUCAAAUGACUUAGUUUCCAAUAUUGUCGAAGGGCAAAGUCUAGGUCUUGUAUUACGUAACAGACUUUAUGAACAGCAGUACGAGCUGACCAAGCAGCUGAAAGAGUCUAUACAAUUGAUUGAGAAACAAAGCUUAUUGAAAAGUUCUUAUGAUGACAAAAUGGUCAGAUGGAAUAAGAAUCUAAAGAAGCAAGAUGAAUUAAUACAACGAUUCAAUGCAUUAAAUGGCAAUCUUGCCAAGAUUCAUGAAUCAAAAGAGAUUUCAAAAACACCUAUUAGUGAAAAAGAAGUUGAGUGGUUUAAAGAAGUAAGAAACCAAAUUUUGAAAUUCAACGACUUUGUUCAUGUGCACAGAAAUAUGCAAGAACAAAUAAACUUUUUAAGAAAAGGCCUAAGUCGAAUUGAAUCUAAAGUUGGCCAACGCAGCUCGCAUUUAACGAGUGAAUGGGCUGAAUUUAAGAAGAUUUUGGAGACAGAUACUAACAUCAUCAAGGAAUGUAAUGAAGAGCUUACUAAGGCGCACACUCAACUAGAUGCAGAAGUCUGA